UUUGGGAAGCAACAUCACAAUUUCCCCCUCCCUUUUCUCAAUUUCUUAAUCCCUUUUCUGAAAAGGGGGAAAAUCCGGAUGGGUUUCACGGAUUGGACUGGUGUCAGCUGUGUUUUACUGCACACCUNAAUCCUGAUGAUCGGUUUUUCAUUUUCCCCUCAAUAGCUUUUAUUUUGGCAGUUUAGCCACAUGNGUUUUCCAGAAAGUUAGUUCCAAGUUUUUUCUCCUCUUUCUUUCCUUCCCUUCCCCUUUCCCAUCUAACCCCCAAACAUUAUUGUCCAAACAUGACUGGACAGCAACUUUUGUUUCUUGACCCUGUGGUAUGACAGUCUGCUAAUAUUGCCAGAAAGUNCAGUUUGGGGGUUACAGUUGUGAUUUAGCUAUUCAAUCAUAUUAGCAGGAAAAAAAAUGACUUGUUUCUGUUGUACUUGAGUCUUAAGAAAAAGUGCCCAUAGUUUAGUGACAAUUUCCAAAGGCUUUAGUACCACCUGUAUUUCAAAAUGGGGGAUCCAAACUCCCGGAAGAAACAAGCUCUGAACAGACUACGCGCUCAGCUGAGGAAGAAAAAGGAAUCCCUAGCUGACCAGUUUGACUUCAAGAUGUAUAUCGCCUUUGUGUUCAAGGAGAAGGUGAUUCAAAGUUCUUACUGCGGCGAGUUAGCACAAGUGUUUUUUAAGAAAAAGUCAGCACUUUUUGAAGUGUCUGAGGUUAUACCAGUCAUGACAAAUAAUUACGAAGAAAAUAUUCUGAAAGGUGUGCGAGAUUCCAGCUAUUCCUUGGAAAGUUCUCUAGAGCUUCUACAGAAGGAUGUGGUACAGCUCCAUGCCCCUCGGUACCAGUCUAUGAGAAGGGAUGUAAUUGGCUGUACUCAGGAGAUGGAUUUCAUUCUUUGGCCUCGGAAUGAUAUUGAGAAAAUCGUGUGUCUCCUGUUCUCUAGGUGGAAGGAAUCUGAUGAACCCUUUAGGCCUGUUCAGGCCAAAUUUGAAUUUCAUCACGGUGACUACGAGAAACAGUUUCUGCAUGUACUGAGCCGCAAGGACAAGNCAGGAAUUGUUGUCAACAAUCCUAACCAGUCAGUGUUUCUCUUCAUUGACAGACAGCAUUUGCAGACUCCAAAAAACAAAGCCACCAUCUUCAAGUUAUGCAGCAUCUGCCUCUACCUGCCACAGGAACAGCUCACCCACUGGGCAGUUGGCACCAUAGAGGAUCACCUCCGUCCUUACAUGCCAGAGUAAAUAAGAGCAGUGACCAGCAAAAUGGAGAAGACCAGAGAAUGCAGCAGCUAUUUUCUUUUCUUGUUUUCUUACCACUUUUCUUUCAGAGUUUAAAGAAAAUGGACUCAUGCACAGAACACUAUGCAUUUUGAAACUUGUUCAUCCUGGAUUUAUUUUAAUCAUUUGUAUCACAGAACUUUAAAAAAAAAUUAGAUGUCUUCUGCACGGACUGUGUGAAAGAAGGUGCAUUGCAGACUGCUGCACUGCAUCGGCAUCUUACUAAAAUGUGAAGGAAGGACUAUUGUACACUGAAAUGCUUACUGUAUCUGAAAGCACAGGUGAUGCUCAGUGUUGGGGUCUUCAUGUUUGCGCUGGUGUUUGCCUCUGACAUCUGUCAUCAGUAUUGAGGGUGAGAGUGAAUGUAACAGGUAUAAAUAACACUUAAAAACUUAAUAGCUUUGCUAUAAUCACCGUUGUUCCAGAGCACUGUCAGAUUCAUUAUAAUGACCAGAUGGUUGUUACAAAAAGAAUUACAACCAUGAGAAAGAAAUCUUAAUGAAAAAAAGCAUCUCAUUGAGGUAUUUCUGCCUCAUGUGCACUGGGCCAUGUUUGUUUUCUUGGUACUCAUUAGUACAUGUAUUUUUUCCCAGAUCUCUUUCCCCGAGUUGCUGUUAUAGAGUACUCUGCUGUGUGCAGAUGCAUUUAUACACAUUAACGAAGAUCUGGAGUCUGGUGUGGCUAAAGCAGCUACAAACCGAGAAACAUUCAUAGCUGCAAAAACCAUCAUAAGUAGAGGACUUUUGGUUUUUGUUUUGUUUUUUUGGUGUUAGAAAUUUUAAUUACAAAUAAAAAAUCCAGUGAAUUUUGCAGAAAUACUGGUUUCUACACCAUCCUAAAGAAGUUGAGUGUUUGGGAUAGAAAANGAAAGUGGGGAAUCUUACAUUGUAAAAAUAACUACAGAGUGAAGAGUUCUGAAAGCAGAACUCGUUUGUGCAAUGAACAUAAGGAAAGACUACUGUAUAGCUUUUACUUUUUUUGUUUUUUGUUUUGUUUUGCUUUUUCUUUUAAAUGAAGAAAAGCUUUGCAUAAGGGUUGCAUACUUUUAUUGGAGUAAAUCUGAAUGAUUCUACUCUUUUGGAGUAAAACUAGUGCUUACUGGUUUCCAUUUGUAUUUAGCUUCUGGUUGGAAUUUGACAAAAAAAAGGGGGUGGGGAAGACUAAAUAAAAUAGGUGAAAGCUUCCGGGCUAUUCAGAU